CGGUCGAAGACCGGGGGGGGGCUCCGCGGGGCUGCCUUGCCCCUCCGCGGCAAGGCAGGACUUCAUUUCCCGGCGCUCCACGCGGCAGGAAGCUCGUCCCGAAGCGCGCGCGAGGCUCGCUCGGCCCCGGGUCGCUUAUGGACGGCUCGGCCCCGCCGCCGCCGGUGUACGUGUACGGCGCCGAGUACGUGGCGCGAUGCGACGCCCUGUGCAAGGUCCCGCGGCGGGCCAGCAUGGUGCACGCGCUGGUGGAAGCCUACUCGCUGCUGCAGCACAUGAGGGUCAUCCAGCCGCGCCCCGCCCGCAUGGAGGAGAUGGCGGCCUUCCACACCGACGCCUACCUGCAGCACCUGCAGCAGGUCAGCGAGGACGGCGACGAGGACCACCCGGACUCCGCCGAGUUCGGACUCGGCUACGACUGCCCGGCCAGCAAGGGCGUCUUCGAGUACGCGGCGGCGGUCGGCGGGGCCACCCUGACGGCGGCGCGGUGCCUGGUGGAGGAGAAGGGCCGGGUGGCCAUCAACUGGGCCGGCGGCUGGCACCACGCCAAGAAGGACGAAGCUUCGGGCUUCUGCUAUCUGAACGAUGCGGUGCUGGGCAUCCUACAGCUGCGCCGGAGAUUUGACCGGGUUCUCUACGUUGACCUCGACUUGCAUCACGGGGACGGACUACCUGAAAAGGCCCGAAUGCCGGAUGCUGAACGGGAGCUGGGCAAGACCGACUCCGGGUCGGGAACAAAGGGCAUCUCCCUCUUUGCUGUCUGCGCAGGUGUUGAAGACGCUUUCAGCUUCACCUCCAAAGUCAUGACGGUGUCUCUGCACAAGUUUGCUCCUGGAUUUUUCCCAGGAACAGGAGACGUGACAGAGGUGGGCUUGGGGAAGGGGCGCUACUACAGCGUCAAUGUGCCCCUUCAGGAUGGCAUCAGGAACGAGACAUACUAUCAGAUCUGUGAGGCGGUGCUAAAGGAUGUGCAUGCUGCUUUCCACCCUGAAGCCGUAGUCCUGCAAUUGGGAGCAGAUACGAUUGCGGGCGACCCCAUGUGUGCAUUCAACCUGACCCCGGAGGGGAUUGGCAAGUGCCUGAAUUAUGUGCUACAAUGGCAGCUGCCGACCCUUAUUCUGGGGGGAGGAGGCUAUCACCUUGCUAACACUGCUCGCUGCUGGACAUACCUGACUGGAGUCAUUCUGGGAAAAACGUUGCCCUCUGAAAUUCCCGAUCAUGAGUUCUUCACGGAAUAUGGCCCCGACUACGUGCUGGAAAUCACUCCAAGCUGCCGGCCAGACCGGAACGAGCCUCAGCGCAUUCAGGAGCUCCUUGGCUGUGUGAAAGCACACCUGAAACAUGUGACUUAGUGGGAAAGAGGGCUCCCUUCUCUCCAGAGCCACUGCACCUGGGAGCAGCUGUUGAAGAGUCUGCAGAGAAACUGCACAGAAAUUGUUUGUGCAGCUUGGAGCAAGAAGGUGUUAAAGGAAACCUCCCCCCCACCCACCCCAGCCUGGACUUCCAGCCUCGUCCCUUGCAGAGGCAGCUCAUUCUGGAAGGAGUGGAAGGCCCCAGCCCUGGACCUCUUGGACUGGCAGGAGCACAGCAAGAUGAGCCCCCUCUAUGUUGGUCUUUUUUUAACAGCUGUUUGCCUUGAAAUAAAAAGCUGGAUGACUUUG